AUGACGUUACGUGAGCUUUUACUGCGUGUUUCAGACGCAGGGGAGCCGCUCGUGAGUUGUUCGUACGGUCAAGGUGUCUUAACACUACCCUCUCUACCGCUUCCAGAUAGUUACGAUGGCUCCCAACCGCUAUUUACAAUAAAAUUAGUCAUUGCCGGCGGAUCACCACUGGCACGCGAUGGAUUGGUGUGGACCAACUGUCCCGUGAGCAGUGGAGCUCCAUUCGUGCGCGACAAAUUUACCAAAAAGAAGAUAAAUGCCACAUUUCACCAAGAUUCGCACGUUGAAAUCGAAGUAUUCGCACCGGGGGCUUUCAGUUUCUAUUUCUCGUUCAAGAACGAACAUGACGAGCUAGAGACCACGCGGAGAUUCUAUUUUGUGUCUCCGCCAAAUCUAUAUGUCUCUGGGAAGUAUGUGCCUCUAAAUUCAAUUGCUAUGGAAAGCGUCAUUUCCAAAUGGAUGGGGUCCGAUUGGGAUCCUGUUUUUGAGAAAAUCGCUUCAAAAGGAUACAACAUGAUACAUUUUACUCCGUUGCAGAAAAGAGGUGAAUCCAACUCACCUUAUUCUAUUUACGAUCAACUCCAAUUUGACCCAACCUAUUUCCCAGACAACGUGCAAGACGUUCAAAAGAUGGUCGAUAGCUUGCAUCAAAAGCACGGCAUCCUUACGUUGACGGAUGUCGUUUUCAACCACACCGCGAACAACUCCUCUUGGCUUGUUGAACAUCCAGAUUCAGGCUAUAACCACAAGACGGCGCCUCAUCUCACAAGUGCGAUUGAAUUAGAUGCCUCCCUUCUUGAAUUUAGCGAUAAUCUUUCCAAGCUCAAACUUCCAGUGGAUUUGCAUACCACUAAAGAUCUGUUUGCGAUCAUGGAUGGAAUUAAAGCGCACGUUCUGGCUGGUUUGAAACUUUGGGAGUUUUACGUGGUUGAUUCCACUUCUGCAAUAGAAGCCGUCGAAUCCGAUUGGGAUGUAAUUUCGAAUGAAACCAUAGAAAUUCCGAACAAUGUCAAGAAUGAUCUAGUAGAGUUAUCUGCGUUUGUUCGCGAUCAUUCUUCUGCGGAAGGUUUUGGUCAAUUGGGGGAGCGGUUUUCCAAUAGACUUGACAGUACUAAAUUUGUGACGAUCUUGAAGUCCCUCUUCGGCCAGACGCUCAACGACCGAGUCACAGAGGAGGCUCGCAAGAUCAUUGACGAGCUGAACCUGCCACUUUACCGGGAAUACGAUGACGAUGUGGGAGACAUCUUAGAGCAGUUAUUCAACCGCAUAAAAUACAUGCGUAUUGACGUGCAUGGUCCCCAACUAGGCACAAUCACUUCAAAAUCCCCAUUGAUUGAACCUUAUUUCACACGUUUCACAGGAAAGGACGGUGAAGAUUAUGCUCUCGCAAACAAUGGAUGGAUCUGGAAUGGCGAUCCAUUGGUGGACUUUGCCUCCAAUCAAUCCAAAGCAUAUCUCAGACGGGAAGUGAUUGUUUGGGGUGAUUGCGUGAAACUGAGGUAUGGUUCAAAACCCGAAGACUCCCCAUAUCUUUGGGAGAGAAUGUCGAAAUACGUGGAGACUAGUGCCAAACUUUUUGAUGGCUUCAGGAUCGAUAAUUGCCACUCCACGCCUUUGCACGUCGGAGAAUAUUAUCUGGAUCUGGCUCGUAAGCAUAAUCCAAAUUUGUAUGUCGUUGCAGAAUUAUUUUCGGGAUCUGAAUCAAUGGACUGUCUGUUUGUGGAAAGGCUUGGUAUCUCUUCUUUGGUAAGAGAGGCAAUGCAGGCAUGGUCAGAAGAAGAAUUGUCAAGGCUGGUUCACAGGCAUGGAGGAAGGCCGAUUGGCUCCUUCAAGUUUCUUCCUCUAGAUGAUUUUGCCUACCCAUCAGACGCCCAUAAACUUGACUCCAACGAGAGUAAGUCUGGCGCUAACCUCGAAGUGAACAUCCCGAAAAUUUUGACCGCAACGCCGCCUCAUGCUUUAUUUAUGGACUGUACGCAUGACAAUGAGACCCCGUUCCAGAGAAGAACCGUAGAGGAUACUUUGCCCAAUGCUGCUUUGGUAAGUUUUUGCUCUUCAGCCGUCGGGUCUGUCUAUGGGUACGAUGAAUGUUUCCCAUAUUUACUUGAUGUCGUUGGAGAAUCAAGAACCUAUGAGGUAAACGGCGAUUCGGGCAUAUCAGAAGUUAAAACACGUCUUAACAGGAUAAGAGCGGAAAUUGCUGACGGUAGUGCCGAGAUAGAGGACUCUGAAAUGCACGUUCAUCACGACGGUCAGUUCAUAACUUUUCAGAGGAACAAUGCUAAAACGGGUAAGGGAUGGUUUUUGAUUGCGCGUACAAAAUUCAAUGAAAAUGUUGGAGAACAGAAAUUGCCUAAAAUAAUCUUUAGUGGCUCUCGCUGCGAGCUAGACUUUGCAUACUCACUCGUGAAAACCGGAGAUGUUAUUCAGGAUGACAAGGUCAUUAAAGGUAUUCCUACAAAACUUCAAGCAUUGACAGAUUUUCUUGUCAACUAUAAUGACGGUGCAAAAGAGUCUUAUAUUGAGAUAAGUGGUGAGUUCCCGCCCGGUUCUAUUGCUGUCUUCAAAACACAGCAGAAUGGCAUCGACGAUACGUUAUUAGGAUUUUUGCGUUCUGGAGCUUUGAAGGCUUCCGAAAAAUUGGAUUUAUACUCUCUCAAUUCCUUGUUGUAUCGCUGUGAUGCAGAGGAGCGCGAUCUAAGUUCGGGAACAGUUGGCUCAUACAAUGUGCCAAACUAUGGAACCCUAACAUACUGCGGUCUGCAAGGAUGGGUCUCGGUAUUGAGAAGCAUAGUUUUUAACAACGAUCUCGCGCAUCCUCUCAGUGAGCAUUUGCGUUCUGGUCAUUGGGCUUUGGAUUAUGUUGUUCAAAGACUCGACAUAUACAAGGAUAGACAAGGGGGCGUUGCCGAGAUGCAGGAGUGGCUUGCUUCUCGGCUUAACAGAGUGAGGCAACUUCCUUCGUUUCUGGUUCCAACGUACUUCGCACUUGUUAUCGGCACAGCCUAUCAAGUAUGUCGGUUUAGAGCAUUGAGACUACUGUCAGAAAAUGUAGGGGACUCUACAAGAUUCGUGCAAAGUUUGGCCUUAACAUCGCUCCAGAUGGUUUCCAAAAUGCAAUCCACUUCCCUCUUGCCCGAUGAGAAAGUUCCCUGUAUGGCAGCUGGUCUUCCUCAUUUUGCGACGAACUACAUGCGGUGCUGGGGGAGGGACGUUUUCAUUUCAUUGAGAGGCCUCCUACUUACAACAGGACGCUAUGACGAUGCAAAAGAACACAUUCUGGCCUUCGCUAAAACUCUCAAGCAUGGAUUGAUUCCAAAUCUUUUGGACGCAGGCAGAAAUCCACGCUAUAAUGCUCGUGACGCCGCUUGGUUCUUCCUACAGUCUAUUCAAGAUUAUGUCAACAUUGUGCCAGAAGGCAGCAAAAUUCUAAAGGAAAGGGUCACAAGACGCUUUCCACUAGAUGACACUUAUGUUCCAGAGGAUGACCCUCGAGCAUUUUCCUACGAGUCUACAAUCGAAGAGGUCGUUUAUGAAAUUCUGGCAAGACACGCCCGUGGUAUUACCUAUCGUGAGGCGAAUGCCGGGCCGAACUUGGACAGGGUUAUGUCUGAUAAAGGAUUCAACGUAGAAGUCAAAGUCCAUUGGGACACUGGUCUUAUUCACGGCGGAUCACAAUACAAUUGCGGAACGUGGAUGGAUAAGAUGGGAGAAAGCGACAAGGCCGGUUCAAGUGGUGUGCCUGGAACUCCUCGUGAUGGUGCAGCUGUUGAGAUCAAUGGUCUUUUGAAGAGUGCUUUAAGAUUCAUCAUCCAACUGCAAGAAAAGGGGCUUUUCAAGAGAUCUGACGUAAAGAGGUCCGAUGGUAGCAAGAUCACAUUUGCUGAUUGGGACAAUUUGGUGCAACUUAACUUCGAACGCAAGUUCUAUGUUCCGAAGGACCAGUCGGACGACGAAAAAUUUGACAUAGAUCCAACUUUGGUGAAUCGUCGUGGUAUCUAUAAGGAUCUUUACAAAUCUGGGAAGGAUUAUGAAGAUUAUCAGUUGAGGCCCAAUUUUGCGAUAGCAAUGACAGUUGCACCAGAGCUGUUUACAGCUGAGAAUGCUCUGACGGCGUUGAGGAACGCGGACGCUAUCAUUCGCGGUCCUGUGGGUAUGCGUACCUUGGACCCAAGUGACUAUAACUACCGUCCUUACUAUAACAACGGCGAAGAUUCCGAUGACUUUGCCACAUCUAAGGGGCGGAAUUACCAUCAAGGACCUGAAUGGGUGUGGUUGUACGGUUACUUUAUGCGUGCGUAUUACUACUUCAGUUCGAUAGCUGACCCACAUUGUCGCAGCAAAGACGGUUUUCAUCCGUCCUCUUACCUACUGCAGCAACUGUACACUCGACUUGAUGGUCAAAAACAUGCAAUUUUUGAAAGUCCUUGGGCAGGUCUCACUGAACUGACUAACAAAGACGGUGCUUUCUGCGGUGAUAGUAGUCCUUCUCAAGCUUGGAGUACAGGCUGUACCUUGGACUUCUUUUACGAUUUGUGGAAUGCGGAAAAAAAGGGUAUCAAGUAA